AUGAGUUCUUCAACAACAAAAAAAUUUCGUGAGUUUAUGGCUGAACCACUUGGUGACAAAAGUAUUCAAGAUGUUCCUGGUAUAGGUGAUGUUCUUGGAACAAAAUUAUCUGAAGCUGGUUAUGAAAAAGCAUAUACUUUAUUUGGUAAAUAUUUACUAUGUAAUAAAGAUAUUGAACAAUUUCAAGACUGGAUUCAAACGCAAUGUGGUGCAAAUAGUCAUCAAGCUAAAACAGCAGCACAAGCAUUAUGUGAAUGGGCUGAAGCGUUUAUUUAA